UGUGUAAGGACCAAUUUUGAGGAAGUCUCCCUGUCACCGCUUUCUUACCUUGUCCUUGUUAGCUAGCCCUAGCCUGCUGGUUGUAUCAUAUGUAAAAAAAAUGAAAUAAAGUGUAUUUUAAAAAUAUAACUGUUAUUUACAUUUAUCCCUCCCCCUCUUUGCUCAUAGCAUUAUGCUACGUGCUGCAAAUUCUGUCGCCUGUGUGGCGUGCCGGAAACUGGUGUCUUCCAGAAUGAGAGUAAGAGUAUCUCUGCAGAAGCCUGUCCCCAUGUCUUGCGCCCCCCACUACCUGUUCUCCUGGACUGGCAGGAUGCAGCACCCUCCUCAUUGCCCGGCGGUCAGGCAUUUCACCAACCUGUCACGGCCACCUCUGCGUUCCUCCCGUCCUCGACACGGGGGACACUGUUUCCAGCAGUACCGUUCUUUUUGGGUCACCCGGCUGGUCACGAGAUUCUUCAAGCUUCGGUACAUCCUGCUGGGUUCUGCUGUGGGAGGAGGGUACACCGCAAAAAAGACCUACGAUGAAUGGAAAGAUCUCCUGCCUGAUUUCAGUGAAUACACAUCGAUAGUGCCGGAUUUCUUCUGGGAGCUCGGUGAACAUAUUGACCUGGAAAAGAUUGUAAGUGCCCUCCCUGACGCUGAAGAGCUAGCGAAGCUGUUGCCUGAUUUGGAGAAGAUCAGUGAGAACUUCACCUUCCUUAGGACCCUCAUCUCCAAUGGUGUUAUUGUCAGUAAUGAAGUCAAAGGAGCUUCUGGUCUGCGUCUGUUGUUAGAAUCUGCAGGGGACCCCGCAUUUAAAGCUACAGGUGGCCAGUCUGCAGACAGCAGUGACAGGCACUUUAAAAAGGAUCUGCUCAGGGAGCUUGCUCUCAUUCAGCGACAGAUCCAGCAGCACGAGGAGGAGACACGCAGGACCGUACCUGAUAGCGACCGCCCCAAUCCCCCGUCGCACAAGCGCAAGGUCUCAGAUAAAGAAAAGAUAGACCAGCUUCAGGAGGAGCUUGUCCGGACACAGAUGAAGUAUCAGCGCAUGCUGGAACAUCUGGAGAAGGAGAACAAGGAGCUAAGGAAGGUGGUGCUUCAGAAAGACGACAAGGGCAUUCAUCAAAGGAAGGUCAAGAAGUCACUCAUCGACAUGUACUCUGAGGUCCUGGACAUCCUGUCCGACUACGACUCCAACUACAACACCCAGGAUCACCUGCCUCGGGUGGUAGUGGUGGGAGACCAGAGUGCAGGCAAGACUAGCGUCUUGGAGAUGAUUGCCCAAGCCAGGAUCUUCCCACGGGGCUCGGGAGAGAUGAUGACUCGCUCUCCAGUGAAGGUGACACUGAGCGAAGGUCCUCACCACGUUGCCAUGUUCAAGGACAGCUCGCGGGAAUUUGACCUGAGCAAAGAGCAAGACCUGGCUGCCCUGCGUCAUGAGAUCGAGUUGCGAAUGAAGAAGAGCGUGAGGGAAGGCCAGACCGUCAGCCCUGAGACAAUCUCCCUGAGUGUGAAGGGCCCAGGAAUCCAGAGGAUGGUUCUGGUGGACCUGCCGGGUGUCAUCAGUACUGUGACUGCGGGUAUGGCUGCUGACACCAAGGAGACCAUCUUCAGCAUCAGCAAGGCUUACAUGCAGAACCCCAACGCCAUCAUCCUAUGCAUCCAGGAUGGCUCAGUUGAUGCUGAGCGUAGCAUUGUCACAGACCUGGUCAGCCAAAUGGACCCUCAGGGGAAGCGGACCAUCUUUGUUCUCACCAAAGUGGACCUAGCUGAGAAGAACCUGGCCAGUCCCAGUAGGAUUCAGCAGAUAGUAGAAGGAAAGCUGUUCCCCAUGAAGGCGCUGGGCUACUUUGCUGUGGUGACUGGAAAAGGCAGCACCAACGAGAACAUCGACGCCAUCAAGGAUUACGAAGAGGAGUUCUUCCAGAAAUCCAGUCUGCUGAAGAAGGGGAUGCUGAAGGCUCAUCAGGUGACCACCAAGAACCUGAGCCUGGCCGUGUCUGACUGCUUUUGGAAGAUGGUGCGCGAGUCUGUGGAACAGCAGGCAGAUUCCUUCAAAGCGUCCCGCUUUAAUCUGGAAACUGAGUGGAAGAACAAUUACCCCCGCCUGCGGGAGCUGGACAGGAACGAGCUCUUUGAAAAGGCCAAGAAUGAAAUCUUGGAUGAAGUGAUCAGUCUGAGUCAAGUUACACCGAAACACUGGGAGUCCAUCCUGCAGAAGAAGCUGUGGGAGCGUGUGUCCACCCAUGUCAUUGAGAACAUCUACCUCCCUGCCGCCCAGACCAUGAACUCUGGAACCUUCAACACCACUGUGGACAUCAAGCUCAAGCAGUGGACUGAUAAGCAGCUGCCCCACAAAGCUCUGGAGGUAGCAUGGGAGACCCUUCAGGAGGAGUUUGCACGCUUCAUGGCCGAAUACAAGGGCAAGGAUCAGGAUGACAUCUUUGACAAGCUGAAGGAGGCGGUGAAGGACGAGAGCAUCAAGCGGCACAAGUGGAAUGAGCGCGCCAUGGACAGCCUGAGGGUGAUCCAGCAUAAUGCCCUGGAGGACCGCUCUAUCACAGACAAGCCCCAGUGGGACUCUGCCAUCCAGUUCAUGGAGGAGACCUUGCAGUCCCGCCUCAGAGACACCGACUCAAUCAUCAGCGACAUGGUGGGGCCUGACUGGAAAGAGCGAUGGCUCAACUGGACAAGCCGUACCCCAGAGCAGCACAUCAGGAACGCCACCCGGGGCGAGCUGGAGCGUCUGCUCAGGGUCAAUGAGGAGCACGCGGCCUACCUGGCCAACGACGAGGUCACCACCGUGCGCAAGAACCUAGAAGCAAACGGCGUCGACGUCGACCCUGUGCUGAUUAAGGACACAUGGCAUCAGCUGUACCGACGUCACUUCCUGCAUAAGGCCCUGCUCCACUGCACCCUCUGCAGGAGGGGCUUCCACUACUACCAAAGACACUUUGACGACUCCGAGCUGGAGUGCAAUGACGUGGUUCUGUUCUGGCGCAUCCAGAGGAUGCUUAUCAUCACAGCCAAUACCCUCCGACAGCAGCUCACCAACACGGAAGUGAGGCGUCUCGAGAAGAAUGUAAAGGAGGUUCUAGAGGACUUUGCCGAGGACAAUGGGAAGAAGGUGCAGCUUAUUACAGGGAGGAGAGUGCAGCUUGCCGAGGAUCUCAAAAAAGUUCGGGAAAUUCAAGAAAAACUUGAAGCCUUCAUCGAAGCUCUUCACAAGGAGAAGUAACGCAGGCUAUGUGACCUUCCUGGAAAUGUGCGACAUUAUGCAGUGCCGACUGUUCCUUCUUGGUUCGCCUAUUGCAGCAGCACUGCAUUUGAGAAGCAAUGUAACAUUGUAAUGUGUGAUUAAAUAAAUUAUUGUCGGUGGCGGUGUGCGCCGCCCUGCAGGCCAAUCGUUGCCCUUCUCUAGACAUGCAGCUGCUCGCUGUCAGUAGGGGAUUUGUGACUGGACACAAACUGCAGGUCACUGGCAAUCCGAGAAAGGCUGCUGCUUUUUCCUCCACCUACAAACCCCACCUCCCCAGCCCCCGAUUUUAACAUUGGGGCACAGUUUAAUUAAAUUAACAAAGGAAAAAAUUGUAAAGUAUUAGUAAUGUCGAUACAGUAAAAAUAAUAAAGGGAAAGUGGAAAUAAUGUGGGAGUUUGUGGAAUUUGACCACACACUUGUUUGUCACGUUGCUAAUGCAGUGUGACUAUGAUCACGCUUUCAUUAAAAGUGUUUGGUUUAUUUA